AUGGGAAACUACACAUAUAUACUGUAUGCUAUACAAAUAUUGCAACAUACAUGGGUGCCAAUGCGGAUGUCGAUGUUGCCUAUUGUAUGUUUGUUGAUUCUGUUUGAGGCACAUAUGUUUGUUGAUUCUGUUUCUGGGUUGGCCCUUGAGGGGGAGAGGAAAGCAAACUUCAGCAUGCUUCAGAUUUCUGCUCUUUGGCUGGCAAUGGUCCGAAUGGAGGUCAAACUAGCAUUCCCCCAGGACAGACUGCCACUUUCCGUCAUUUCGGCUGCAAAGAUUGCAGGUGUUUCCGUAAUCAUUGAUCCGACCCUUGCCUCAGGUUCAGUGCCCACACUACACUUCAGUUCUGGGGAUUUUAUACAUGGUGUCAACACAAUUCUCCGAUACAUUGCACGUGUUGCAUCUAUUUCCAGCUUCUAUGGCCAGGACGAUAUUCAGGCAGCACAAGUUUACCAAUGGCUCAAGUACACACCACUCAUUCUCUCAGGCUCUGAAUUUGAAGCUGCUUGCUCAUUUCUUGAUGGAUACUUGGCAAAUCGAGCCUUUUUGGUUGGUUAUGGUCUAUCAAUUGCUGACAUUGUCGUGUGGUCAAAUCUCACAGGUCACCAUGGUUCCAUUGUCAUAUCAUUCCUCAUAUGCUUCUGUUUAGCAUCACAAAAGAAGAAGGCCAGAGUUAUUUCUUCCUUUUGGAUAUUUUCCAUCAUAACUAGCAGCCAAUCUGAGCCGAAUAUCUGA